AUGGCUUUUGAGGUUCCUCUAAGCAAUGUUGCAAAUGCUGUUUUGAACAAAAACGAGAUUAUUUUCGAAUUUCACCUAAAUGAUGAAGCUGAAGUUUGCUUAUCUGAAAUGCGUCUGUACACUCCGGGAACUGAAGCUGAUAGGGAAGGCAAAGCCCCUUCUAUAUAUUCCAAGGUUACUCAAAAGGCAGAUAUUAUUCAGGUUACGGGAGAUUUCUUGGUCGAAUUCAAACAGUUGCAGUGUCUUCAACCUCGUGGCCGUUAUGAUGUUAAAUUAUAUCCAAGUUUUAUCCAUUUGCAUGGCAAGUCUUACGACUUUAAAGUCCCAAAGAAUACUAUUACUCGGUUGAUGGUGCUUCCUCAUCCCGAUAAUCGGCAGAUAUUCUUUGCAGUUCAACUUGAUCCACCGAUCAAACAUGGUCAAACCAGAUAUCAUUUUGUGAUUUCCCUUUUCGACAAGGAUUCGCACAUAAACUUGGAAAUGGCUGCGACAGAAGACUGGCUUCAGGAGCAGUUCAAUGGAAAAUUAACUCGAAAUAUUUCAGGACCUGAAUAUGAAGUUGUAGCUCGCGUGUUCAAGGUUCUAUUUGAUCAGAAAGUUACAGUCCCAGGAAGCUUCUCUGCAAAAGGCGGUGGUUGUGCAGUUGCAUGCAGUUAUAAAGCGUCUGUUGGUUUGUUGUAUCCAUUAGAGAGAGGUUUUACAUUCGUUCCUCGUCCUCCAAUUUCUAUACGUUUCGAUGAAAUAGUAGCUGUACAAUUUUCCCGUGGGACGGGUGCUCAAAGGUCUUUUGAUUUUGAGGUGGAAACUCGUAAUGGUUUAACGCAUACAUUCACUUCUAUCGAAAGAGAUGAAUAUCAUCAUUUGUACGAUUUUGUAACUGCUAAAAAACUUCGUGUUAAAAAUAUCAGUUCAGAAAACAAAACUACUAAUCCUGGUGAUGACGUUUGGUCAUCAUCUGAUGAAUCACAUGAUGCUUACAUGGAGAAGGUAAAGACAGAAGCUCGAGAACGAACAACUGAAAUGGAUGAUGAAGAUGACGACGAUGAAGAUGAUGAAGAUUUCAAACCACCGGAAUCUGAUGGUUCUGAACUUGCAGAAGAAUAUGAUAGUAAUGUUCAAACAACAACAAGUGAAGAUGAAUCUGGAGACAACGAUGAUGAUGAUGAUUCGGAGGAGAACAAAAGUAACACUAGUAGUAAGAAUACUACUACACACAAGAAAAAAGAUAAACGAGACAAUGACAGUGAUGGAUAUGAAGACAGCUUGUCAAGUGUAAGCAGUACUAGUGAACCUAAACCAAAACAAAAAAAAUUGAAAGAAGAACCAAAGAAAUCAACAACUAAACCCCGUAAAGAUGAAACAAAACGACAAACAACAAAAAAGCAAAAAAAACCUAAAGAUCCUAAUGCACCAACUCGUCCACUUUCUGCUUAUUUCUUAUGGUUUAAUGAGAAUAGAGAGAAAAUUGCAAAAAGUUUAGAUGGACAAAAUUCUGUUGCUGAAGUAGCUAAAGCUGCUGGAGAGAUUUGGCGAAAUAUGGAUAGUACAGUAAAAUCAGGUUAUCAAUCAAGAGUUGAUGAAUUAAAAAAGAAAUACCAAGAAGAUUUACGUAUAUAUCAAUCAAAUUUAGCGUCUUCUAAAGAACCAGAUUUAUCACCAGAUUCUAGUAGUUAA